AUGGAAGUUGAACCAUCGAAUACUGCGGCCGCGGACGUGGUGCUGUUGGAGACUCAUGUGCAAUAUUCUGUCGGAUCACCACUCUACACCGAGGCACAACUUGCCUUUUGCCGCUUGGUUCCCAAGAUUGAACUCCACGCACACCUAAACGGCUCCGUACGGUUAUCCACAUUGCGUGAGCUGGCGGCGAUGCACAACAUCGAUCCAUCGUCUGCGAUGUUCCUCAACCAUAUGGAUGAUCGAACAUUGACUGAGUGCUUCGGUGUUUUCGAGGUCGUACACAAGAUCACGACCAGUCAUCAGGUUCUGCGGCGUAUUACGAGGGAGAUGUGUGAGGAUGCGGAAGAGGAUGGGGUGGUGUAUAUGGAAAUCAGGACAACUCCAAAAGACAGACCAGAGGUGAAUAUGACCAAGAGAUCUUAUGUGGAGGCGGUACUCGAGGGCAUUGAUGAGUAUCGGACGGCGGGAGGUGCCCAUUCCUGCAUCACCAAGCUUUUGCUCAGCAUCGAUCGACGAGAGAAUGGAACGAGUGCGAUGGAAACCGUGCACCUAGCAGCAUCCUUCAGUGGCAACUGUAUCAUCGGCAUUGACCUAUCGGGCAAUCCCUCGCUUGGAAACUUCUCCAUAUGGCUUUCGGCACUCCGGCUCGCUGGCGAUUGCGGCUUGAAAGUCACCCUUCACGCAGCCGAAGUCCCCAAUGCAGAAGAGAUGCACGCAAUGCUCAAUUUUGCCCCGGAUCGCUUUGGUCACGUCUGCUUCCUUGAUGACGCAUGUGCAUCUCGACUCGUUGAAUCCCGCAUUCCACUCGAGCUCUGUUUGACGAGCAAUUUGAUUACGAAGUUGGUGGCAUCCUACGCUCAACACCACUUCAUCGAUCACUACCGUGCCGGUCGAAACCCGAUUGUGCUAUGCACGGACGAUAGCGGUGUUUUUGGCACGUGUCUAAGUAGAGAGUAUGCAAUCGCUAUGGGUACUUUUGGCCUAAGUGAAUGUGACGUCUUAGAAAUGGCGAAGGGAAGUUUAGAGGCAGCCUUCCUGAGUGAGCAGGAGAAGGAAGCGUUGAAGACAAGGGUAAACGACGCAACGGUCGCGUUGCAGCGAAGGUGCAAAUCGGGCUCUUUACCGUGA